GCGAGAGUUGAGCGCGCCUGGCCGGACGGGAGGAAAGUAUCCGUUCCGCCGAGGGGGGAAAGGAGGAGCUGGAGAGAGAUUGUAGGACCGAGCGCGGGCAGGCGGAAGGCAACGGAGCUACCAGCCGCUCCGCUUUGCUAUAUGAAAUAUGGGAGACGACAGACCGUUUGUGUGCAAUGCCCCGGGCUGUGGACAGAGAUUUACAAACGAGGACCACCUGGCAGUUCAUAAACACAAGCAUGAGAUGACAUUGAAAUUUGGCCCAGCCCGAACUGACUCAGUCAUCAUUGCAGAUCAAACUCCUACUCCAACUAGAUUCCUGAAGAACUGUGAGGAGGUGGGACUCUUCAAUGAACUAGCUAGCUCCUUUGAACAUGAAUUCAAGAAAGCUGCAGAUGAGGAUGAGAAAAAGGCAAGAAGCAGGAUUGUUGCCAAAAAACUGGUGGCUGCUGCUGGGCCCCUUGACAUGUCUCUACCUUCCACACCAGACAUCAAAAUCAAAGAAGAAGAGCCCGUGGAGGUAGACUCAUCCCCACCUGAUAGCCCUUCCUCUAGUCCCUGUUCCCCACCACUGAAGGAGAAGGAGGUUGCCCCAAAGCCUGUUCUGAUCUCUACCCCCACACCCACCAUUGUACGUCCUGGCUCCCUGCCUCUCCACUUGGGCUAUGAUCCACUUCAUCCAACCCUUCCCUCCCCAACCUCUGUCAUCACACAGGCUCCACCAUCCAACAGGCAAAUGGGGUCUCCCACUGGCUCCCUCCCUCUUGUCAUGCAUCUUGCUAAUGGACAGACUAUGCCUGUGCUGCCAGGGCCUCCAGUACAGAUGCCGUCUGUUAUAUCGCUGGCCAGACCUGUGUCCGUGGUGCCCAACAUUCCUGGUAUCCCUGGCCCACCAGUUAACAGCAGUGGCUCCAUUUCUCCCUCUGGCCACCCUAUACCAUCAGAAGCCAAGAUGAGACUGAAAGCCACCCUAACUCACCAAGUCUCCUCAAUCAAUGGUGGUUGUGGAAUGGUGGUGGGUACUGCCAGCACCAUGGUGACAGCCCGCCCAGAGCAGAGCCAGAUCCUCAUCCAGCACCCUGAUGCCCCAUCCCCUGCCCAACCACAGGUCUCACCAGCCCAGCCCACCCCAAGUACUGGGGGGCGACGGCGGCGUACAGUAGAUGAAGAUCCAGAUGAGCGACGGCAGCGCUUUCUGGAGCGCAACAGGGCUGCGGCCUCCCGUUGCCGCCAAAAGCGAAAGCUGUGGGUGUCCUCCCUAGAGAAGAAGGCCGAAGAACUCACUUCUCAGAACAUUCAGCUGAGUAAUGAAGUCACAUUACUACGCAAUGAGGUGGCCCAGUUGAAACAGCUACUAUUAGCUCAUAAAGACUGCCCAGUCACUGCACUACAGAAAAAGACUCAAGGCUAUUUAGAAAGCCCCAAGGAAAGCUCAGAGCCAACGGGUUCUCCAGCCCCUGUGAUUCAGCACAGCUCAGCAACAGCCCCUACCAAUGGCCUCAGUGUUCGCUCUGCAGCUGAAGCUGUGGCCACCUCAGUCCUCACUCAGAUGGCCAGCCAAAGGACAGAACUGAGCAUGCCAAUACAAUCGCAUGUAAUCAUGACCCCACAGUCCCAGUCUGCGGGUAGAUGAUGCCUCCUCUGGUGGAGAGGUCCUCAGCCAGAGCUCGCCCGCCCAAGAGCCAAGAGAGAUGUCAUCUUAUCUCCUCCCAUCUGCCUUGGACAUGGCAAUAUGGGUCGGUGGGAACUGUGUGUUGUGAGUAAUGGACAGAUAUGGGGCUUUUUAGCCACAUGGUCAUGUACGUUUGACACCUGUGCUGGGGGCCUCCCAGCCCCAGAGCCUCACAGAUCAUCCCCCAAGGGUGGGGUUUCUGAUGCACCCACAGCCAAAGGCCUUUCCAGAUGGUCCGAACAAUCACCCCUGCCCCAUGCACGUGUAUCUGUCUCUUUUAACACUAACCCUUGGCACUUCUAGGUUUGGGGUUUCUCAGUUCCCUCUCUUCCCACUAAGCUGUGGCUGUUACCUUUUUGUUCCUUACCAGCAUGCCACUUCCUGCCAGAUAGAGGGAGGCUAGAUUUGAUUUCAUACCACCCACUGACCCAGCCCCAGCCACCCCAUGGACUCAGGACUCUGUCUCCCAUAGCUGCUUAUUUACCCGUUUCCUUUUUCCCCUUCCUUAAUUCUAGUUAAAACAUUCAUUUACAGAGAAUAUAAGGUUACCUUUGAUGUAUGAAGUAGCAGUAUUUUCCAGUUCUUCCAUAAGCUUUAUUCCUUCUCCCUACCUGCCACCAAAAAAAAAAAAAAGCAAAAGAAAGAGACCCUCAAGAGUUCUAAUUCUUUCUCAUCUAUUUCCAGAGCUAUUUGGGUACCUCAUUUUGUUGCUUGACUUUAUCUAGUGUAGUGGUGGGGUCUUUCCCACCACCCCACUAGGCCUUGGCAACCUCGUUUUGUGGCCUUAUUAUUAAAGAUUGCUUGGUAGUGGAAAGGGAAGGGCCCAGAAUCUGACUGGCUGAUUCUGUCUCCUCCCCUCCCUCCUUCUUCAGUUUUAAUCAUCAGGGCAGACAGGAACAAAAUAUUUCAAAGCUUAGUCCAUCAGGUUAGGGAUCAGUUGAUUCCUUUAUGUUUUAUAAGAGUUUACUGGCCAAAGCGUACAUAUUGUCAUCUUUGGUCAUCUUUCUGCUCCUGCCUCUCCCUCUUCAUUUCCCUGUCAACAUACCCACCCCCCCACCCCACCCCGUCUCUCUUCUGUAACUACUUCAGACACAGCCCUCCUGGAGGCUGUCGUGUAGGGGACUCUCGAGUUCCCUUGCUCUACCCCAUCUCUCCCCCUCACACAUCUGUCUGCUUUUCUGAGCUAGAGUCUUCGGUUCACUAGUGCCCAUCACCAUCUGGACUAUCUUCUUUCUCUUUCACCAGGUUCCUAGCUUAGCCACUAGGUCUUCCAGGUCCUCCAGAGUUUCUUCAACCCAUUUCUGCUCUCUUCCCCUUACAGGCAGUGCUCCAGGAUCUCGAAGCAUCAUAGCCAAGGUCCUGAGUGGGUUUAUUGAAUAUAAGAUUGAAAGGAGGGAAGAAGGGAAGAGGGAAAGUACAGAACUGGCCCCCCGGCAAAGGACCCCAGGGUCUGGCCUGGGAAAUUGGUGACUAUUGCUCUCAACCAUUCUUUGAAGAGUUGGGUUGCAGAGGGAGCAGUUCAUCUCUCUUGUCCCUGUUUCUUUCACAUUAAGGCUUCUCAUCUCCCCUGGGCUCUGAACUAUGCAGUUUCUACCAGGACCAUAGGAAGCAAUUCAGAGCCAGAGGCCUGUGGAUAGAUAGGUCAGCUUUAAUUGCCUUUCCGUAUGAAACCCUUCCAGUUGUCCCAGAGCCACUUUCUGCCAUCUGUGCAAGCCAAGAAUGUCCUUCUCUCCAUCUUUCCUACCUCCCUCCAUCUUAAACAUACAAAAUAACUGCCAGCUUCCUUUCUUAUUUUGUCUCCAGAAUUCCCUGUCACAGGGGAAUGAGAAAAUGUUUUAAGCUACAAGAUUCCCAUUUCCUUAAAGUGAUAUCCUAUCCUAAUGAACUAGUCAGGUAGCAGGUUCUGCUGCAUUUGUUUAAAAUUUCCCCUCCUGCUUUUCAGAGCUGGUGCUAAACAGGCCACACCCCUAAAGACAAAGGAGAGAAAACAUGGUUUUCUCAUCCUCUACCACCAGGUACCCAACAGGAAUAGGCCCUGAAGUGAUUCAGACUAGCAAAUGUUAUGGCAGAUGGUCAGGAUGCAGGUUACCACAUCCAGGGACUUCACUUUUGCCUUUAAAAAUUCACAGCCAUAACUUGUGCUCAGGACUUCCCCUUUAGCCGGCUGCUCCCUGGGAUUUUCUCCUGCUUUUGUUUCGUUUUUUAUUGUCUUGAUUUCCCAGUAGCAGCCUUGCCCUAAAGCUUGACUGAGUUUAUGGCUCCUAAGGAGCUUUCCUAAGACUCUUGACUAUUUUUCUUCCGCCUUCAGUCAAGUGUUUUUACAGUUAAGAAUUAAUUUGCCACUGCAUACAUGUCCUGCCAGUCUGUCCCUGUGUUGGGUGACUAUGUAGAGGGUCUUUUUUAUUUCUUAGCCCCCAUGACUAAUUAUCUAGUCCUAACUUCAUUUUUAUCAGUGGGAAGAUAUAUACGGGACCUCAAUGAGGAGCACUGCCAGAACCACAGUAACAAAAUGGCACUGAAUUAAGGAAGUAGCAGGUCAGAACCCCCUAGAUAGUUCUUGAGUUGGUUCUCAGUCUCACUAAGGAGGCAGAACAAUUGCCUACCCUGAAACUUCUCUAAUAGUCAAAGGUAACAUCACUUACCUUAUUAUUGUUACCAGCCAGACCCAUCUGGACCAGAACCAAACAUCAUGGAAGGUGUCACUUGGUCCUUCCUAAAGUCCAUGGCCUUUCUAGAGGCCUAAGGGAGGACACUUUCAGAAAGGAGCUGAGUGUAUGGUGGGUGUCCUGAAUUCAUUCACGUGAAUACAGGACUCAGACUUCCCACCCCACUCCAAUGUGAGUGCUCAUUACACAGGCACUCUAGCUAGCUGCCACGUACCCAAGGCCAAAGAGGAAGGGGACAGAACCAGGUCUUCUGGUCUGCUCACUUUCUGCCCCAUUCCCCUAACAGAAAGCUUGCUUAGAGUUGAAAAGUCUGAGAAAGGCUCCCACACUACUAGAGAGGCCACCAAAAAAAAGUCAUGCCCCCUUUACUUACUCUUUUGCUGCUGUUUAUGCACCCCAAAUCUGACUUCCUUAGCCUUCACCUGCCUCCUUGGCCCCAAGCAUUAGACCAUGUACUCUAAGUAGUGGUUAAAGAGGGACUGGGCAAACUGAACCUCCUCCCGCUCACUUCUCUAUCCCUGUCCCAUCGGUUUUGGCUCCUUUCUUGAUUCACUGCCCUCUGGCACCACCCAUCCUGGUAGAUGGAGAGUGCUUAACCCCAACCAUGCUCUAUGUACAGCCUGAACCACCAAGCAGACACCAAAAAAAUUCUUCCUGUGGUUUCUGGGGCUCCCCUGCUCCACACUGAGAGGCUCCUUAAAGGUGCUAGCCCCUGAGACAGCUAUCCCCACCAGUUUUCUCCUUUUUUUAUAACUUUCUUCCCAUCCCCAAAUCAUUAAUUUUUCAUUAAUAUUGUACAUUGUAUACACAGGAAGGAAAUAUGUUAUUUUUUUUAAUUUCAUAACCAAUCUGUUUAGAUUCCAGUCUUCCUAGCUAUAUCACAUAUGCCUUGUUGAUAUGUUCUUUCUGCUUUCUUUAGACUUAAUGUUUGAUGGGGGUGGGGGUGUUUGGAAGAACAGGAAAGGUGGGGAUCCUAAGGCAGAUUAAAGGACUCCCUCCACCCCACUACAGCCUCCCACAACUCUAGUCAUCCCUCUCAUAGUACAGGACUGAUUUCUCUGUGUCUGUUUGUACACACAAAUGUGCAUACAGAUAUAAAUUGUCCCACCCCAUACCAAGGUGGUUACCCAGCAGGAAUGAGCAUAGGUGGCUGCUGGCCACCAUUACCACCCUCUGCACCAGUUGAGUUGUCUCUCUUUGGGGUAAAGUCCUACCCCAGAAUGAGAAAAGGCUGGGGAGAGUAGGGCAAGUUAAAGGAGCUUAUGUCCUUUGUAGAUGUAGGUUUGUAUCAUAGCUACUAAGGUUUAUUUUUUUUAAUGGGGGGGCCAAUAGCACAGAGAUAUCUCACUAGCAGUAGCUACUGGUGAGUGAUGUUUUAGCUGUAAUAAGUGGCUAUGAGCAAUAGUUUCACUGACUUUACCUUAGGGCAGUGGUUCCCAGAAUAUGGUCCAGGACCAGCAACAUCAGUGCCACAAUCGUCUGGGAACUUGUUAGAAAUACACAUUCUCAGGCCCCAUCCCAGACCUAUUGAAUCACAGACUCUGGGGGCAGGAUUUAAAAGCACUCCAAGUGAUUCUAAUGCACACUAAAGGUUGAGAACCAUUUCUUAGGGAUAAGCUGGGAAAGUAUUACAGGUGUGGAGGAUAUUUCAAAUACAUAUUUUGCCUUUGCACUAACAUUCUUCCAUUUCUUUCAGUCUCUUCCUCCAUUCCCAUUAAAGUAAUCCCCAUCAUAUCACUGAUCUCAAAAUCUAGAUUUGUCUUCUUUUUAGUCGUAUCCCUAAAACCAUGCAUUGGUCUGGACAGGAGUUGUCCCAUAUUCCCUUGCAGACUGGUCACUCCAUGUUCUCUGUUACAGUAAGGACCAGCCAGAGCUUCAGCUGUCCCGUUCCUCCCCGCACAACACACAUACCUUUCAGGCAGGGAGGAGAUGAGCCUCUAGCCCCAAGAGUGGAGGCUGCCACAUCCUAACAUAGUAUCUAUUGAAAAGGAAGCAGUGUGUAUCUAUGAUUAUAUCUCUGAUCAUCUAUAUAUUUUUGACAUGUAGCAACACCUCUCCAUCUUAUCAAGGAACUCGGUCUGGGUCUCCCCAGUGCCCAGUGGUGGCCUUUGACAGGUAGGAGGAUGCAGUGCUACAGGCUAUUUUGUUUUUUGUUACAAAACUGUCUUUUCCCUUUUCCCCUCCACCUGAUUCAGCAUGAUCCCUGUGAGCUGGUUCUCACAAUCUCCUGGGACGGGGCUGAGGCAGGGGCUUCGCUCUAUUCUCCCUAACCAUACUGUCUUCCUUUCCCCCUUGCCACUUAGCAGUUAUCCCCCCAGCCAUGCCCUCUCCCUCCCUUCCUUGCCCUGGCAUAUAUUGUGCCUUAUUUAUGCUGCAAAUAUAACAUUAAACUAUCAAGUGAACCACU